ACCGGUUAUCCUUGAGUGCUACCAAUAUCCUAACUAAGAGAAAGGGGGGGAAAUUGAAACCAAUGGAUAUCUUCUGCGCAUCCCAGGCUUCAACAUCCAUAUAUCUAAGCAUGGAUGAAUCAGCCUCAUCGUCUUCUUCCUCGGCAUCCACCAUUCAACUCGGUGGUCGAGCCAUCGAUCGCCAUAAUCCCAUCAUCCGAGACGCUAAACGGUUCACCACAAAUCCUUUGCCUUCCAACCAGAGGAACAAUGGAAAAGGGUCUUCUUCAAGCAACUCGAAAAAUGAUCAUAAAAAGACUUGUUCGUCUGUUUCAGCCAAGUCCAACGACCAAAAGAAGAAGAGCUCAAUUAAGAAGAGUUCAUUGAAGGCAACCGGUAAUGAAGAGAAUGGAAAGCCAAGGGGAUUGAUCUUGUCACCCCUCCUGGUUCCUCAAGGUAUCUCUUGGGUGAUUCUGUUUUUCUGUCAAGACUAUGAUCCAGUUUGGGCAUUGGUUCCUGCUGAGGAAAACAAGAUGAUUCAAGCUAUAACACAAGAUCGUUCCAUCAUUUCCGAACCCUCUUCCUCCUCUUUCAAUCAGAAGGCUCCUAUAGACCAGUUUCGCUCUCUUUCUGAUUUAUUUUUUAUGCCACUCGGCGAGUUCGGUUAACCUGCAACAAUAUUCCGAUUUUCAAUUGGUGGGUGUCAUUGCACUGCAAAGGAUGUGAAGGAAAACUGAGGAAACAUCUAUCAAGAAUGGAAGGUGUGACGUCCUUCAACAUUGACUUCAAGGCGACGAAGGUGACAAUCGUGGGAGAUGUAACGCCGUCGAGCGUCUCAAUGGUGAACAAUGCACAAUUCUAGACGUCUGCAACAGCAACACCACCUCUUGCCUCCACCAAGAAAUGAUGUAAUUGUCUAUCAAUCAUUGAAUUCAAAAUUGUUUAGAAUUUAGAUCACUUUUGAGUGUGAAACUGAUGAAUUUUAUAGUGUUCGUAUGGAACUUGGUAUUGUUAGCGGAAUCAGAAUCACUGUUGCUUUGAACAAAGUAAGGAGAAAGUAGUGGAGGAAUCAUAUGCUUCUUUUAUUCUCAACUAUCUUCUACUCUUCCUUUUC